AUGGCGAACAGUGAAACAUCCACUGGAAACACAACAUGUUGUGGGGACUUCGUGAAGGAUGAAGACGAGGAACUUGAUCUCGAAGAGCUUGUUGAGCCAUGGCAUAGGUAUGAAACAGAGGAGAACGAAAAUGUCCUCUAUCCCAUCCACCUCGGGGAAGUGCUCAACGAUAGGCAUCUGGUUGAGCCUAAGCUUGGCUUUGGUGGUGGCCCAACUGUCUGGAUGGCAUUUGACCUGCAAGAAAAGAGAGACGUAGCUCUCAAAGUCAUGGCCCUAGGGAAAUGGGGCGACAACGAACUUCGAAUCCAGGAUGAGAUUAUCAACACGGCAUAG